UUGGACCCUCUGAGUAUCGAAUACAGAUUGUGGGGAGGGCUGGAGCCUAUCCCGACUGUCUACGAGCAGGAGACAGGGUACACCCUGAACUGGUUACACAGGCGGGGCCGAGAUUGAACCUGGGUCCUCAGAACGACAUCACCACCAUCACCAUCCUCAGCAUCUUCGUCAUCGUCACAGGUUGCAAGCGAACAUCCGCCUCGUCGCGCAGAAAACAGCCGUCCCCUCUUCCUCCUCUUCGCGGCCCGUCGCGGCGGAGGACGAACAACCCCCCCCCCCCCCGGAAAAAAAAAAAAAUCAAAAUAGGGGGGGCGGCGGGCAGAGCAAGAAAGAAGAGGAGACCAUGAAGAAACGUUACGUGGACGCGAGCAGGCUGCGAAAGAUGAAGAAACUGAAAAUAAGCGAGCGGCUGUCGGAAAGCGCGUGCACCUUCCUGAAGGUUAUGGCCAUGUGGAUGUUGGUCCUGCUGGCAGAUUUUCUCCUGGAAUUCCGUCUGGAGUACCUGUGGCCGUGCUGGCUCUUCUUCGGGAGCGUCUACACUACGUUCCACUGCCACGGGCUGGUUAUUUGUGUGGUGUUUGUGUGCGCCGCCUUCACGCUUGACAUCUUUUGUUUGAUUUUCGUACCUUUGCACUGGCUCUUCUUCGCGGCCAGCACCUACGUCGUAUUCAAUUAUAUUUGGCACACAGAGAAAGGCAUCUGCAUUUCCACAGUCUCGUUGUGGAUUCUUCUCGUGUACACGGAAGCGUCGCUUCGACUCAAAGACCUCAAAACCUCACAUGCCAAUCUCUCUCAUCUUUUUGCCGCUCAUUGCAUCGGCUAUCCGGUGGUCUACCUGGGCUUCGACGCCACCUGCUACUUCACCAACAUCUUUAAGCUCCGGAUCCAGAAAGCGGUGCAGAGCGACAACGAUUUCCACAUGCACCUUCUGCAGCACUCGCUCCCGCCGGGCCUGCAGCUUUACCCCAAGAUGGCGGCCGACAAUGGCCCUUCCAAAUGGAAGUCAAAGCCAGAAUCCAGUCAGUACCAGUGUCAGAACGGUGCUGUCCUCGCUCAAGACGAGUCCCACAUCGUAGACUGCCUCCAAAUCCGGAGCGAGGAGCGAGCCGCUGAGAAGGCAACACAGGAAGUCCGGUCGGUGGAAUCCAACCGGAAGCCGACGAUGUCCAAAGGCGGCUCGAACGAGUCCAGAGAUCCGGCCCGCAACGGGUCACCGGGACCAGAAUCCUCCGCCACCCCAGACAAACUACCUCAGGAAGAGCAGGCCGGCAAAGCCCCACGUGUGGUGAAGAACUGCUCGCCCAGAGCCCGCCGGGCUAACGCCGCCACGCUUUCGCCCCCUGCCGGCAGGACGGAGAAAAAACAACGAUCCGGUGGGAAAAACGUCAGCCCGAAUCGGGACGGAGCCGACAAAAAUACCGCAGUGGUUCAGAAUCAGUACGCAGAGCAGCUGAGCAGGCUGGAGCAAGAGCUGAGGAAGCUGAGGGGCGAGCUGCAGGUGAGCCGACAUGGCGAGCAGGAGCUGAGGAGUCACAUCUGCAACCUGACCAACAGCGAGAGGAGCCUCAGGCCUGAGGUGGCCCUGCUGCGACAGUCCAACAUCCUGCUGCAGAGCAAGAUUAUGUGCUUGAGCAAAACCAAGCAGCGGGACAAGCAGACCAGCGCCAUGCUGGAGAAGAAGAUGCGGGCGGAGACGGAGGCGAGGCUUUCGCUCGAGAGGCAGGUGGCCGAGCUUCAGGCCCACAGACCGGACGAGGCGGCCAGCGCGGCCAGGACCGUGACCGCCAGGCAGGAAAACAGUGAAAGCCAAAUGUUAAGGAAAAGAGUUAAAGAUCUAGAGACAGAGUACAAGCAACUCCAGCUGCAGUAUCAAGUCAAAGAGAGUCGUGUGCUAGAUCUAGAAAGUGAUGUGGAGGCGUUGGGGAAGUACCGCGGUGUGGAAAAGGACACGGACAUGCUGCUGUCUACUCUGUCGGCGCUUCAGGACAAGGCUCAGCAUCUGGAGUACAACCUGAGCGCCGAGACGCGUAUCAAGCUGGACCUGUUCUCAGCUCUGGGGGACGCCCGGAGACAGCUAGAGAUCGCUCAAGAUAAGCUCCUGAGGCAAGAAAAGGAAAUCAGCAGCAUGAAGCAGAAAAUCGCCGAGGUGAUGGCGGUGAGCCCCGCAGUAUCCUACGCGGCCCCCCGGCCCCCCGUGCCUCAGUACCUCACAAAGCUCCUCAGCUCGGAGCGCUACAUGCUGAACCCUCGCGCCCUCAUGUACCAGUGUCUAAAAAAGUAGACCAGCGCAGUGGACGGGCCUGACGGGAUCGAACAUCAGCCGUCGACAUUGUUGUCUGCUUCCCAGCCAGAAGAGGACACGGUGCGGCCUCCCUAAGCACGACAACUUGCCUUCGGACCGCGCUACCGGUGCUAAAAUAAUGUUUGUAAUAACUUACUUCACGAAAAAAAAAAAAAAAAAAAAAAAAACAUAUCAUCAGUCAACGGUGCAAUUCUAAUACAGUGGUACCUUGAUUUUGUGUUUAAUUCAUGACCAUGUCCUUCGAAGUCAUUUGGCAUAAAUAUUUGCAUAAAAGGCGAACCACAUGAACUGAGAGUAUCCGGAUGUUGUCGAGUUUGCGGAUGCCAUCUAGUGGCAGAAUGCCUGAAGCUCAUUCAAAGGUCAAAUUUGAGCUCGAGUCACAAAUCCAAAAAUUGAUGUAGUGAUGCUCAAAACUUGGAAAAACCAGCAGGUCAAGGUACUCCUGUAUUAAAAUGGCCAUCUGAUAAAAUAAAUAAAAAUCAUGGAGUUGAAACACACACACAUAAACAUACGAGUUGAAAAGCACAAGUUUUGCAAAUUUUAAAAUCGUUGAAAUAAUGUCAACGGCAAAAAUGGAAACUAUUUCAAGCUUCAGUUAUAUUUUUAACGGUAUUAACAUAAUUUUUACAUAUUGUCAAUGUCCAGUGCAAAGCAUGCAUCUCCACAUUUGGGAUUUUAUUGUAGACUUGUUUUAUUUUUUAAAUCACAAACAUGUGGGGAAAUAUUUUUAUAUUUCAGUUUUUCCAGAUCAAAAUAAGCCACAAAAUUUGGAGGUAAAAAGUAUUUCACAUAAAAAAAACUAAAAGCAGACGUUUUAGGUUUAUAAAAAUCAAAAUUCGAUGUGUAUCAAAAAAUUAUGUGGUAAGUA